GGAAGUGGAGGUAGGAUGUUUUCGCUCCGUUGUUUUGACGCUGAGCCGCUCUGACAAUAUGAAUUUCUACAAAAGACCUGGCUGUUUUCAAGUUCCUAAAACAGAUGUUUUAAAGCGAACAUGUAGUCGGGAGCAGCUAUGUCCCUCCAGCUGUAAGCAGUCCGGGGAUGAGUGGGAUUGAAGUAGACCGAAACGGGAGGCGGACGUAAAGUGGAUCCCGUAAAUAAAACAUCAAAGCAUCUCCUCCCUACAUGGAACCUUGUAACGUUACCGUGGAGUAAACGAAAGAGAUGGGGAAAGUGAUUUAAAACUGGACCUCUAACAAAAAAAAUAUUUUAAAGACGUGCGGGUUUCUGCUUUAAGCUCCCGUUCGGACUACCGGGAUGCUGCGGGGCUGUGCCCCGUUUCAGGAGCCGCGCAUCCCGCCUGCAACCAUAGGAUGGUGCCGAUGAUGUGCGGGCCUGUGGAGAUCCGCCAUUUAUGACUGGAGACUGAUCGACUUAUUAGUGGCAUCUUUUCGGCGCACCAAGGGUGUUGUAAGCACCUUCUGAUUCCUCCUGUAAAAGGUUUUACUUUCCUUUCUGUGUGGAUAACCCUGUCUUCAGUCUCCUCUACCUGUACAGAAGAGUUGGAUAAUUCUGAAUUUGUCUGCUUCUCUUUCCUUAAUUCCCCAUCUCAGCUACCUCCAUUCUGAUCUCCAGCCAUAAUGGAGUCAUGGAGGAAUCACAUGCUUGCUGAGGUUAGGCCACAGUUUGGCUCUUCACUGCCAGACAUCUGGAACAAAUACUGACAUGAAGCUUGAUAUAGAAAAGAAUCCUAUAGUUUUAAUUCCAUAUGACCAUCUGAACAAAUUGAACGUGAGUACUCUUCCCUUUCCCAAAGGAAUACCAGCAGCACCAAAGACUUCCUUGCUUAGGAAAUCCUAAUCUGUAUGGUUAUGCAGGAUUUUCCCUUCUAUAAAAUUCUCUUCAGUUUCAGUUAAAUACGGACAACUCCUAGUGCCUUCUUUUUUUCUGUUGAACCCACUCCAUUAACCUCCACCAUUCGGCCGUCCCUCACAACCGCAGUCCUCCCCCCUCGCCCCCGUCACCACUCAUCCUCUAACUCCUCUUCCCCAUCCUCCCUUCUCCACCAUCACCACUUCCCUCAGUCCCCCUUCCACGAACAGCUAUCUUCGCCUCCUGCUUUCUCUUCUGCCCCAGCCGUGGGCAUGGCAGCGGCUGCCACUGCAUCCGCCUCUUCUGCAUCACCUCCACUACAGACAGCCUCGGCGUCCAACAGCAAUGCCCACGAGCACCUGCUGGCGGUGCGCCGCCGUGCUCCGCUCAGUCGACCGUACACAGUGGGACUGGACAACCUCAGCAGUUUGUCGGUACAGGUAACAGCGGGAUCUUCAGCUUCGUCGUCCUCUGCUGUGCCAUCCGGGACCCAGCUGGAAUCAGCCGGCCUGGGACUGCAGAGGGCCAAUAGUGACACAGAUCUUGUGACCUCUGAAAGCCGCUCAUCACUUACGGCGUCCACAUACCAACUGACUCUCGGUCAAGGCCACCUGGUGAUCUCAUGGGACAUAAAGGAGGAAGUGGAUGCCACUGAUUGGAUCGGCCUUUAUCACAUUGAUGAGACAUGUGUGGCCAACGUCUGGGAGUCCAAGAACCGUGGAGUAAAUGGUACUCAAAAAGGACAGGUUUUGUGGAGACUGGAGCCUGAGCCCUAUUUCAUGGAGGCUGAGACAAAGAUCUGUUUCAAAUAUUAUCAUGGAAUAAGUGGAGCAUUAAGAGCAACAACUCCUUGCAUCACUGUGAAGAACCCAGGAGUCCCAGUGAGAGGUGAAGGCCAAGUGGAGGAGCAGUCAGGAAGUGAACAUUGUCGAAAACUUGUCAGCUUCACCCUGUCAGAUAUCCAGGCAGUGGGGUUGAAGAAGGGGAUGUUUUUUAACCCUGACCCAUACUUGAAAAUGUCCAUCCUUCCUGGGAAGAGGAGUGGCCUCCCCAAAUUCACUCACCAUGGCCAGGAGAGGCGCUCCACCAUUAUAGCCAACACCAUCAACCCUGUGUGGCACGGGGAGAAGUACACCUUUGUGGCUCUGAUGACUGAUGUGUUGGAGAUUGAAGUGAAGGAUAAGUUUGCCAAGAGCCGACCAAUCAUCAAGCGCUUUCUGGGUCAUCUGAUCAUCCCCGUACAGAGACUUCUUGAGGGGCCGACAGUUGAGGGUCACCAGGUCAGCUAUAGCUUGUGUCGCCGCCUCCCGACAGACAAUGUGAGCGGCCAGCUUCAGUUCAGAGUGGACAUCACUUCCACCGGACAAGAAGAAGCCUCCCCAGACGCUGCUGGAGGAAGCCUCCUGGGCAGCGGAGACCCUGGCAGCCCAUCUGAUGAUGAAGAUCUUCCUCAAGCCUCCUCAUCAUCUCGUGUCACAAGUGGACCUUCUCCCAUGGGUUCCGACAAUAGCCCCUUGUUGGUGAAUGGCCUUUGUUGUUAUGGAGAGAACAUUAUGUGGCAUGAGCCCGGACACGUGGGAGAGAAUGACCUGCCCUCUGCGGCUCUGGGGCAUCUCACCCAUCGACAGGUGUCCCUCAAUGACUACCUUGACGCUCUUGAGGCCCCCACUGGCCACGGGGACCGACUUUUGGUGCCGCCUUUGCCUAAACUGCGCUCCAGCUUUCCAACUGACACACGACUCAACGCCAUGCUGCACAUUGAUUCAGAUGAGGAUGAGGAUACAGCGGGGCAGCAUAGAGACCUAUCCCAGAGCACAAGGGCAGAACAGAGCACGGACUCUAUAAGCAGAUCACUUGCACAGAACGAAGAUUUAAAGGAAGAUAUUGGAGCUGGAGCAGAGGAAGGUUCUUCUUCUGCGGGUCAGCUUCCAACUGAGCCUCCAAAUUCUGGAAAUGAAGUAGCAGCAGGUGAAGGGGAAAACGAAGCUUGUGCUCUAACCAGAGCAUCGGUAGAUGGGGCUGAAGGGUCUGCUGGAGCAGCACAUGUGACUGAAGAAACAGCUGUCUUCUCAUCCCAAAAGCCUGGAGCCGAGGCUGCUGCAGCCGAUCCACAGGGAGAUUCCGUACCACAAUGUUCCUGUCAGGAGCAGAGUAGCAGGAUGGGAACCUGUAGCCCUUCCCUGGGUCCUCUUUCACCCAUUCAAGAGGUUGAAUCAAGGAAAGAACUUGCUCCAAAAGCAGAAGAGGAAGGGGCAGAGUCUUCAAGCAGUGAGGUGAACGGGCCAGUUGGAGCAUCUGCUCCGAACAGCAGCAGAGAUGCUAGAGGAGGAGAGAGUUCUGAAGUUGGUGCCACAGCUCAGGUCAACAGUCAUCAGUCUGUUCGGUCCCUUCCCUCUGUCCGCCAUGACAUCAGCCGCUAUCAAAGAGUAGAUGAGCCUCUGCCUCCUAAUUGGGAGGCUCGCAUUGACAGUCAUGGUCGCAUCUUUUAUGUGGAUCAUGUGAACAGAACAACAACAUGGCAGCGGCCUACUGCUCCCCCGGCCCCACAGACUCUACAGAGGUCCAGCUCCAUACAGCAGAUGGAACAGCUCAACCGCAGGUAUCAGAGUAUCCGAAGGACGAUAACAAAUGACAGCAGACAGGAGGAGCAGCCAGCCAGUGAGCUGCUUGGGGAUGAGACUGAUAUGCAUCCAUCUGUUCCAGAGCUCCGGAGGGACAACGGUGUGGCUCAGGCCAGUUCCAGGUCUCGCAUCUCCUUGCUGCUGCAGUCCCCCACCGCCAAGUUCCUCACCAGUCCUGACUUCUUCACUGUGUUGCAUUCCAACCCUAGUGCCUAUCGCAUGUUUACCACCAACACAUGUCUGAAGCAUAUGAUCAGUAAGGUUCGUAGAGAUGCACACCACUUUGAGCGCUACCAGCACAACCGUGACCUGGUGGCUUUUCUCAACAUGUUUGCGAAUAAACAGCUCGAGCUGCCCAGAGGCUGGGAGAUGAAGCAUGACCACAGCGGCAAGCCUUUCUUUGUGGAUCAUAACUGCCGUGCUACCACAUUCAUUGACCCUCGGCUGCCUGUUCAGAGCUCUCGUCCAAGCCUUCUAUCUCACCGCCAACAUCUGACCCGACAACGUAGUCACAGUGCUGGGGAGGUCAGUCCAAGGCAACUGGUGGGUGAAGAAACGCAUCACCCUGGUCCUCCAGUCUUGCCACGACCUUCAAGUACCUUCACCUCAGCUAGCAGGGGGCAGUGCCAAGAGGUUGUCCCUGUGGCUUACAAUGACAAGAUUGUGGCUUUUCUUCGACAACCAAACAUCUUUGAGAUUUUGCAGGAGAGACAGCCGGACUUCAGCCGAAAGCAUGUACUCAGGGAGAAGGUCCAGCUGAUCCGCACAGAUGGCGUGUCAGGACUGACCCGACUGUCAGGAGAUGCGGACCUUGUCAUGCUGCUGAGUCUGUUUGAAGAUGAAGUGAUGUCCUACGUCCCUCCUCAUGCCUUACUUCUCCCCAGCUACUGCCAGUCACCUCGGGGAUCCCCUGUUUCCUCCCCGCAGAACUCACCAGGAACUCAGCGAGCCAAUGCCAGAGCCCCAGCUCCUUACAAGAGAGACUUUGAGGCAAAACUCCGCAACUUCUACAGAAAACUGGAAACUAAAGGCUAUGGUCAAGGCCCUGGAAAGCUAAAAGUGACUAUCCGUCGGGACCAUCUCUUGGAAGAUGCUUUCAACCAGAUCAUGUGCUACUCCCGGAAGGACCUGCAGCGCAGCAAGUUCUACGUCAGUUUUGUUGGGGAGGAGGGCUUGGACUACAGUGGGCCUUCUAGGGAGUUUUUCUUCCUGGUUUCCAGGGAAUUGUUCAACCCAUAUUAUGGUCUGUUUGAAUAUUCAGCCAAUGACACCUACACCGUUCAGAUCAGCCCCAUGUCGGCCUUUGUAGACAAUCACCAUGAAUGGUUCCGUUUUAGUGGCCGCAUUCUGGGUCUGGCUCUGAUCCAUCAGUAUCUGCUGGAUGCCUUCUUCACCAGACCCUUCUAUAAAGGCCUUCUCCGCAUUCCCUGCGAUCUGAGUGACCUGGAAUAUCUGGAUGAGGAGUUCCACCAGUCUCUCCAGUGGAUGAAGGACAAUGAUAUAGAAGACAUGCUUGACCUCACCUUUACUGUCAAUGAGGAAGUGUUUGGACAGAUCACAGAACGGGAGCUGAAACCUGGUGGAGGGAACAUCCCUGUCUCAGAGAAGAACAAGAAAGAGUACAUCGAGCGAAUGGUGAAAUGGAGGAUAGAGCGAGGAGUCGUCCAGCAGACUGAAAGCCUGGUCAGAGGUUUUUAUGAGGUGGUGGAUGCGAGGUUGGUGUCUGUGUUUGAUGCCAGGGAGCUGGAGCUGGUCAUUGCUGGCACUGCUGAGAUUGACUUAUCAGACUGGAGGAGCAAUACUGAAUACAGAGGAGGUUACCAUGACAACCAUAUUGUGAUCCGGUGGUUCUGGGCUGCAGUGGAAAGAUUCAACAAUGAGCAGAGAUUACGACUCUUGCAGUUUGUGACAGGAACAUCAAGCAUUCCAUAUGAGGGCUUCGCUUCACUGCGUGGCAGCAAUGGACCUCGCAGGUUCUGUGUAGAGAAGUGGGGAAAGAUCACCUCACUGCCCAGAGCUCACACAUGUUUCAAUCGAUUGGACCUGCCACCAUACCAGUCCUUCUCCAUGUUGUAUGAGAAGCUGCUGACUGCUGUGGAAGAGACCAGCACCUUUGGGCUAGAAUGAGAUGCUGUCCUUGUCCACUGGCCCAGUUUUCUACAGCACUUUUGAACCUGCUGUUGGUAAAGAGAGGAGGCCAUAUUAGAAGAAAAGACAUUGCCCUUUCAUCAGCCUUCAGUGUACCCAAAACUGUUUUUUACUCAAAGGGUGACUUAAAAGCCUUGAUUGGCAAAAACCUAAUGACCCGGUUUUAAAGCAUUUUAAAAAGCACCAUCUGGUAAUGUUCAGCGAUUGGUUGGUAGGCAACAUCAAGUCCAAGACCUCAGUCAAAAAAGAGAGACCAAUUAGUAUAGACUGUGUCUCUACUCAGCCUGAAAAUCACUUUGCCUCAGAUAUUUUAAAUCAAGACUGACCUUUUGAAAUGACUCCACUGAAAAGGUAAAUGCUUUAUGUUGCACUCCUAUUUUGCAUGCUUUCACUUGUAACACUAGACGAAUGAAGCCCUACACUGCCUUCAGGACUGACAUCAGUGCUGCCUAGCCCUGACCAUUCAGACACCUGUUUUUACACAUUACAGAAGGGAAGUAAUUUUUUUAUUUCAAAAGCUAAGCUAAUGGAGUUUGUUUUUUUAGUUUGAAUGAAUUAUCGAAAUACAAGAAUGCCCAGCAAAAUCAGAUCCAAGUACAGCAAUUAUUUGGAACUUCCCAAUUUAGAAACGGCUUGUGUCAAUUUUGAAAGCAUUGAAAGCAUUGUGGGAAUUUCUAAUUGAACCUAAAAGGUCAGGCUGAGUUGAUUUUGGAUUGUACGUAGUUAGGAAAUUUUGUAUUAAAUUUCAGUAUUUUCCAUGACAAUAAGGGAUUUUCUUUUUCGGAGGGAUCUGAAUGUAACCAGACUUAGCCUUCACAAUAAUUCAUCACUAUAUAAUUGUGUUAAUUGGUUGAAGUGAACAUUAGAUGGAAUUUGAAUUUU